AUGAAACAAAAACAUGGAUCGCGCAGUACAAUUGUUCCUGGCAGAAAACCGAUCACACAAAUAGCUGCUUUACACGAUGCGGGAGUUACCGAAGACAUGUCAUACUGUAACGAGAAAUCCGUUUUGGAUGAGUCAUCAAAUAUGAAUGAUACUCAUGACAACGAUAUCGUUGAUGAAAGAUCAUUAAUACAACAAGGGAUCCCUGAUCGUGAUAUUAACAAAAUACUGCAACGUCGAAAACUGGAAAAACUCUUAAAGGCUCAAGGUCGCCUCGAAAGACAAAUGUUAGGAGCGAAGACUUUCAAAGAAUUGUUGGAAAAACACGAGUACUCAGAACGAGAAAGCGGCGAUGAAAAUAAUACUGCCGAAAACAUAUCUAUCACGAAUAAACCAGUUUUCGCUAUUCCUGCACUUCCCAAACAUUUCAGGGAAAAGUCAAUGAUGGGAUCACCAAUUGCUGGAUCAAAAGGAAGCGGAAAAGCCGGCCUCAGUUGCUCAACUCCAAAAAGCGUGAAUGAUAUUUCAAUGCGUUCUCUAAGGAUACUUGAUAUAUCCCAUGUCGUUAACACAGACCAAUUAUAUUACGACAAAGUGACAGUUCAUAACAAGAAUGUACUUAUUCCAAUUGUGGAAAACACCGAACAAUCUUCGGUUGCACGUACCAAAAUGGGAGAAACUUUUACUGUUAGAGAUGACCAAUGUGACAAUAAAAAGCAUGGACAAGUAUCUGCAAAUGAAGCAUCAGAUUCUCCAAUUGGUUCUAUCAAGCUGGAUAGAAACUGUAUUUCGAAAGAACUAAUCGACACAACAAUCACGGAAAACAUAGUCGAAGGAGGAAAACAAAGAAGACGAUCAAAUAAAGUUGGAGUUCAAGAGCGGGAAAGGCGCCAUGCAGAUUUGAACUCUUCUUUGAUGAAUAGUAUGAUUGAGGAAGUUCCGUCUCCUGGUGCUAAAUACUUUAAGAAUCCUCGUAAGAAGGUAAGACCUAUUGCUGAAGUCCCGCCAAAGGUGUUUAACAUGCUGAGUGUUGAAUCAGACAAAGAAAAAACUAUUGAAAUGUUGUCGAUAGUCGAAGAAGUAUCAAUAGAAGCCGAGUCCAACGGUCCAUCAUUUGUUGAUCCACUAUCUGUGAACGGUUCGCACAUCUCGCCUAUUCCAGAAGUAAACGAACUUAUGAAUACGGCAAAUGUCACACCAAAAUCAAGUUGUCCUUAUAUUCCCAUCCUUGGCAAUCUUAUGGAAACCGUGCGAGUAACUCAAGAAAAUGACGUUUCUUCUGUCAUUACCCCCAAACUUAAUUAUCUGAAACCAACUAUAUCAUCAUUGAGAAAAAAUAUAAAUGCACCCGAAUGCGACGAUAUCCUUUUCGGUACUCGUAGAGAGCGAUGCACACCUGGAAAAAAUGCCACGACGGCAAAAAGAGGUGUUCAAGAUGCACCGACUAUUGAUAAGACGACGGUAACUGUAGAAAGAAUAACAGUCAAAAAUGAUCAGCGAAAUAUUGCGAGCAACGAGGAUCUUUCCAUCGGAGUGCCCGUAGAGACCAAUCGACCGUCGUUCAAUCUAGAAUUAGAAAUGGGUGAGAUGUCAGUCCGGUCGUCUCCAAAAAUAUCGAAUGCUAAUUUGGAUUCGGUGGAACCUGCAGAUUUUGACCCAACGGAGGAUAGAGAAAGAGUCGAGAAUCAGCCGGGUCCUUUUAAUCAAAAAUCAUCCAGAAAUAGAGUCGCUCUGCUUAGUGACUCGAUUGCCACUGUGAACACUCCCGUGUAUGACUAUAAUCCUGCUAGAUGUCGUUUCAUGAAUUACCAGAAUGUGGAAGAACCGUCGCGAUCUGAUGUGGACGGCAACAUUCUCGGAAAGAGAAAUCCGGGGAAAAAUCGGAAAAAUGAUGGACUUCAGCUCAAAAAGCGCGAAAUAAUUGAACCUGACACAAAUAACGGAAACAGACGAUCAACACGCACCAGAGUUAAACCACUUCGUUUCUUUCUUGGAGAGAGAGCUGUGUACGUAAACUCACCAAAUGGAGGAAAACGCUUAACCGGUGUGACUACUGUCAUUAUUAAAGACAAAAGACUGUGCAAGUAUCGGACUGGUGAUCUUAAACUGGCUACUGAACGAGAACAGCGAGCAAAAGCAUUCAAAAAGAAAUCGGCUGCUGGGAAACGAAAGCGGCUGCUCAGAGAUCAACAAGCAGGGCGCCGAAUGGACGAAUCAAGUUAUGAUAUUCAUACCGAUGACGAACAAUGA